AAAGUCACUGCGUUCUCGAGCUUCAAGACAAGGGCAUGAUCAACAGGUACACGAUUCCCUCAACUACUGCUUGAAGCAACCGGAACCCUUGAUGUGCACAACUACCUAUGAAGGCUCCCUCCCUCGCUGUCACCCUCAUGCUGGUCCCAUCAGCAGGCCAACUUGACCCGUUCCGGCACCUACUCAUACCCCUCCACUUUCAAGUCCUCUAUUUCUGUAUCUUCUGCUGGAAUCUAUACAGGGGGUCAUACAUGUUCGACUUGUCUUCCGUGAACGCCAUCUCAUCUAUCCCCUGUGUCGCAUAUCAGUGCAGGAAGGCCUCACGUCGGGUCAUGACGGUGAAUUUUUCACUUACCAGCCGUGAAUCUUAUGGACAACAAUGGAAUUCCCCACGAACGUCGAAGCCAACAAUCCGCGCGGGGUGAUAUCGUGGUGAGUGAUCUGCGCCUUAUCUGGGAUCUAUUCGACGAAGUAGGCCUACUUCAUUCAGAUCUGCUCGAUCUCACCCUCAAACUGCUUCAUUAAUACCAUUCCCCGACUGCGAGAUAUUUACUAAUUUGCGAGCUCAAAGAAGAGGCCGCUGAAGACGCACGAGGUUCACGGCCAGUUUUGUGACGAUCGUAAGGAUUCGCAAGGGAUAAACCGGUUGUGCUAGGGAAUACUAGCAUUAUUACUUAUGGAUAUUGUUCAAGUCACGUCUGGUAAUGUGCCUGAAGGGUAUUUAGUGUAAAAAAGCUGUAUUACUAGCUAAAGUAGCUUAUACAAGAGAGUGAAAGGGCCACGAGGUACGAGAC